GACACAGCCGCGUGUUGCCGGUCGGCGUGCGGGAGAGCACGGCGCCAUCCUCUUCCCCUCACUCUCGCCGCCGCGGAGUGGAGCCGAGGCGAGCAGAUCGCGGAGCGCGGUGACCGGGCGGACUGGGUCUAUGGUCGCUCCGCGGGCCGUUCCACCGGCUGGUGCUUUUCUAUCAGGGCAAGCUGUGUUCCAUGGCAGGAAACUUCUGGCAGAGCUCCCACUAUUUACAAUGGAUUUUGGAUAAACAAGAUCUGUUGAAGGAACGCCAAAAGGACUUAAAAUUUCUCUCAGAAGAAGAAUAUUGGAAAUUACAAAUAUUUUUUACAAAUGUUAUCCAGGCAUUAGGUGAACAUCUUAAAUUAAGACAACAAGUUAUUGCCACUGCUACAGUCUAUUUCAAGAGAUUCUAUGCCAGGUAUUCUCUGAAAAGUAUAGAUCCUGUAUUAAUGGCUCCUACUUGUGUGUUUUUAGCAUCCAAAGUUGAGGAAUUUGGAGUAGUCUCAAAUACAAGAUUGACUGCUGCUGCUACUUCUGUAUUAAAGACUAGAUUUUCGUACGCCUUUCCAAAGGAAUUUCCUUAUAGAAUGAACCAUAUACUAGAAUGUGAAUUCUAUCUUUUAGAACUAAUGGAUUGUUGCUUGAUAGUGUAUCAUCCUUAUAGACCUUUGCUCCAGUAUGUGCAGGACAUGGGCCAAGAGGACAUGUUGCUUCCCCUUGCAUGGAGGAUAGUGAAUGAUACCUACAGGACGGAUCUUUGCCUACUGUAUCCUCCUUUCAUGAUAGCUUUAGCUUGCCUACAUGUGGCCUGUGUUGUACAGCAGAAAGAUGCCAGGCAGUGGUUUGCUGAGCUUUCUGUGGAUAUGGAGAAGAUUUUGGAAAUAAUCAGGGUUAUUUUAAAACUGUAUGAACAGUGGAAGAAUUUUGAUGAGAGAAAAGAGAUGGCAACUAUUCUUAGUAAGAUGCCAAAACCAAAACCUCCUCCAAACAGAAAUUCCCUGAGUGAUUCUCCACUAGUGGCAGGGCCUGAAGCUGCAAGAUGAUGAUGGACAAGAUAAGGCAAUAAUCCUAUUGCCACAGUUACUGUGAAGGAGAGCAGGGUCCAAAUGGAAGUCAGAACUCUAGCUACAGCCAAUCUUAAAACAUUCCGAAGAAUUUCAUAGUGGACCAGUUGGAAAUAAACCCAUUGGACAGAUUUCAGUAAUGUCUUCAAUGGAACACAAACGAAAAUGAAUAGCUUGUUUCUGUCAAGCAUAUUGGGAAGUGAUCUUAUUUUUGCAAAAUAAGUUUUUCCUUAUCUAAUUUGAUUCUAGUACAUAAUUGAUUAAAAUCUCUUGAUUAUAAAAGCUUGGAAAGGUUCUAAGAGGACCUAUAGAUAGAAAGGCAUAGACAGGUUGUGAUUAGUAUAAUUAUUUUAGUUUGGAUAAUAAAAAAUUUAGCUUUUUAUUAAGCCAGAAAUAAUUUGUUGAAAAUUCUCUUUGGUCAUUGAAGGGACCAGAAAAGGACAUUAAGAAAUCAAGCAUAUGAGCAGGUUUUUUUUUUUUCCCCCUCCCCUUUAAGUUUGGAAUUAUAUUUAAGGGAUCAGAUCUUAACAAAAUCAUAGUAGAUUUGGGUAAUGGCAUUCAUAAUUUCAGGGAAAUUAAUCAAAUAUCUAUUGAUUUUAAAGUGUAUUUUAUUCAUUUCUUUUGGUAUCUUGCCAUGGAAAAUAUUAGCCCAGCCUAGCAGAAAAUUAUAAUAUGUAUAGCAUACUCUGACAUUUAAAUUCCAUAACCUUUUUUUUUUUUUUUUUUUGGCUUUCUGGGUCACACCUGGCAAUGCUCAGGGCUGACUCCUGGCUCUGCACUCAGGAAUCACUCCUGGCGGUGCUCGGGGGACCAUAUGGGAUUCUGGAAAUUGAACCCGGGUCGGCUGCGUGCAAGGCAAACGCCCUACCCGCUGUGCUAUCGCUCCAGCCCCAUAAAUUCCAUAACCAUUUUUGAUAUGCUGGGCAAAAAUUGUUUCAAUUCUCUAUAAAGUUAUUUGCAAUUAAUUCAUAGUUAAUCAGGCAUUUUGAAACCUAAUUGGAUAAAACACCAUAAUAUGGUUGAAAUUUGGUAACAUUUUAAUGUUACUUCUUAUUCUACUGUGAAAAGUUUAUAUGACAUAACGCACCCUAUAUUAUUUUUUGUCUUACUAUGGAUUUACAAAUUACUCUAGAUAUCCUGAGCCAGGAACACAAUCAGGUUUCAGGUCAGUUUGAUACUGACUAUUCUUAAUUCUCAUUUAUGAGUGUAGGAUUUAAGACAAUGUUAUGUUGAUGGGACUGCUAUCUGUGGAACUUAAUAAAAUUAAUCAUUCUCUUCAGACUUGAAGGAGAAUGAUAGCUAAAAUUUGGAGUCAUUGGAUAUUGCUGUACACCUUAAGGGUUAUAGUUUUUUAAUAAAUCAUUUGUGAACACUGAAUUAUUAAAUGUUGACUUCCUAGUAUAAAACUUAAUAAUAAAAGUAAAUUCUCCAGCUGUA